AUGUCUCUCAAUAAUAAAGAAAAAUCACAGCUCCGAAGCGCUCUUCAGGAAGCAGUUAUAAAGUGCUCUGAGCGAUGUCUUUACCAGUCUUCCAAAUGGGCAGCCGAACUCCUGAACGCCAUUCCCGAACCUGAAGCAUCGCCAGACGAUUCGCAAUUGUCAGAUAUAUCUAACGGAUACGCAUCGACAGCAUUCGCCCAGAAUGUCGACCCUAACGAAGCAUUACUCGAGGCUAAAGAAAUCAACAAGUAUCUUCUAGCUAAAUCCUUUUUCGAUUGCCGCGAAUAUGACCGAUGCGCUGCAGUUUUCCUCCCCGACGCUUUGUUCACGGGUAUAGCAACCUCGAAAGAACCAAAUAACACAACACCCAAAGGCAAGGGGAAGGGCAAAGCCACGGCACCUAGCACCAGAACAAGUAGCGCCGACAUAUUACCACGGCUGAGCCAGAAAAGCUUGUUUCUUGCCUUAUAUGCCAAAUUCCUCUCGGGGGAGAAGCGUAAAGAUGAGGAUGCUGAGAUAGUAAUGGGGCCUCAGGACAUUGGCACAUGCAUCAACAAACAACUAUUAACAAUCAGUCGCAUUUUAGAAGCGUGGUUCGAGCAAAGGAAAUCAGACGACGGCGAAGAGAUAGAAGGUAGCCAAGGAUGGCUUGAAUAUCUAUAUGGGAUGGUUCUUGCUAAAGAAAAGAACGAAGAACUGGCUUUAUAUUGGCUGGUCCGCAGCGUACAUUUAUUCCCUAUGAAUUGGGGUUGUUGGCUGGAGAUGACUGCACUCAUCUCACGGGUCGAAGAUCUCAAUCGCAUAAUGCCUCGCUUACCGCAGAACAUCGUCUCUUUUAUGUUUCAUCUACACACCUCCCUCGAGCUCUACCAGCACGAUCCUAAUCUCGCAAAUUCCCUCGAACAGCUACUCCAUAUCUUCCCAACCUCAUCUUUCCUACUCACCUGCGAUGCCUUGCUGUCAUACCACGCAAAAGACCUCAUUACAGCAGAACAACAUUUCAGCAACAUUCUAUCGUUACACCCUCACCGACUUGAUUCCCUCGAUCAUUACUCGAACAUACUCUACGUCAUGAACGCACGACCCAAGCUUGCAUUCCUAGCGCAUUUAUGCAGUAGUGUUGAUAAAUUCCGACCAGAAUCAUGCGUGGUUAUCGGCAAUUAUUAUUCAUUAUUGUCCUUGCACGAGAAAGCUGUACAAUAUUUCCGACGGGCAUUAAUGCUGGAUCGCUCAUGUCUGUCCGCCUGGACUCUCAUGGGACAUGAAUAUGUCGAGCUUAAAAAUACGCACGCGGCCAUUGAAUCAUAUCGUCGGGCUGUGGAUGUAAAUCGAAGAGACUACCGGGCGUGGUACGGGUUAGGACAGACGUAUGAGAUCUUAGAGAUGCAUGCAUAUGCAUUAUGGUAUUACAAGAAGGCUGCCGGUCUCAGACCGUGGGACGGAAAAAUGUGGAUGGCCGUUGGCUCGUGCUUACAACGCAUGAACCGAAACCAAGACGGAAUCAAAGCUCUAAAACGGGCGUUGCUUGCCGAGAGUUAUUACGACACAAGUAGUAGUAGCGGAAGCGGGGGAAGAGCGGGUAGUCUCCGAGGUGCGCAUAUGGACCCGGAGAUCUUGUUACAGAUCGCGAACAUGUACGACAGUAUGGGCGAGGAAGAAGACGCCAAAGCCUACAUGGAAAUGUGUGUAGCACAGGAAGAUGGCGGAGUAGGCGAUAGCCAGGGCGAAAGUAUCGCGAUACACAACGAUUCGCCAGGAGAGGGUUCAGAUGAUGACGGUGAUCGCGCCGGACGUGGAGAGGGGGGUACAGGAGUAACAGCUGCAACUAGCAAAGCCCGGAUGUGGCUCGCGCGCCACGCGAUGAGGACGGAGGACUACGUUACGGCGAACCGCUUAGCUAACGAGCUAUGUCAAGACGGUGUCGAGGUUGAGGAAGCGAAGGCACUCAUAAGAGAGGUUAGAUCAAGGAUGGAGGCUAGCGGGAUGGAAUUACCUUCAUCAUCAGGAUGA